AUGCAGUCGGUUUGUCAGAGAGUUGGCAUUUGUUCCUCAUGUUUGAAGAGACAACUAAAUGGCUUCCAGGGAUUAAUUAAAUGGCAGAGAAAACUGGUUCCUGCUUGUGUCAGAACUAUUUACAGUGAGACAGGGAAAUGGGAAAAAAGCUAUGGGUUGGAGACAAGAAAAAGAGUUGAAAAUUGGUGGCUUCCAAGAAUAAAGGAUCAGUUCUGCAGAAUUUCAGAAACUGAUAAAUCAAGACCAAAAUUUUAUGUGCUUUCUAUGUUCCCAUAUCCUUCUGGAAAGCUUCACAUGGGCCACGUUCGUGUCUACACCAUCAGUGAUGCAGUAGCUCGGUUCCAGAAAAUGAGAGGGAUGCAGGUGAUAAAUCCAAUGGGAUGGGACGCGUUUGGUUUACCAGCAGAAAACGCUGCAGUUGAACAUGGGCUUCACCCUGCAAGCUGGACACGAAGUAAUAUUCAACACAUGAGGAAACAGUUUGAUGCACUAGGUCUGUCUUUUACAUGGGAAAGGGAAAUAACCACUUGCUUACCAGAGUACUACAAAUGGACACAAUAUCUCUUUCUUAAGCUUUUUGAAGCUGGAAUAGUGUAUCAAAAAGAGGCCUUGGUUAAUUGGGAUCCAGUGGAUCAGACUGUUCUAGCUAAUGAACAGGUGGAUGACAACGGUUGCUCAUGGCGUUCAGGAGCAAAAGUGGAACAGAAAUACCUCAAACAGUGGUUUAUCAAAACUACUGCAUACGCAAAGGCUAUGUUUGAUGCGUUGUCCGAUCUCCCUGAGUGGUAUGGUAUAAAAGAAAUGCAAGCAAAUUGGAUAGGUGACUGUGUUGGAUGCUCUCUUGACUUCUUGCUAAAGGUUGAUGGUAAAGUAACAGAAGAGAAGCUAGCAGCUUACACCUAUACACCUGAAGCCAUUUAUGGAGCCUCCCAUUUAUAUAUUGUACCGACUCACAGACUGCUGCAUGGGAAUAGCAGUCUCAAGGAGGUCUUUCAGAGGGAGUUCAUUCCAGGGAAAGAUUCACUCACUUCAGUGACAGCUGUGAAUUUGCUUACCGAUCAGGAGAUUCCUGUAGUCAUCUCAGCAAUAAACAAUUUUGAGAAUUUUCUUGAUGCUAAAAUAGGAAUUCCUAGUACUAGUGCAACAGAUGCUUCAGUAGCUAAGAAUCUGGGCCUUUCUUUCACUGAAGUCAUUGAGACAUUGCCAAACGGUUUGGAGAAAGUCAUUAAUUCUGCGGAGAUCACAGGCAUGACUCGGCAGGAGGCUUUAAAAGCUAUUACCCAGCAGGCCAAAAAUAAAAGAAUAGGUGGAGACCUAACGAGUGACAAAUUAAGAGACUGGUUAAUAUCUCGACAGCGGUACUGGGGAACACCUAUUCCUGUCAUUCACUGCCAGAUAUGUGGCACUGUCCCCGUACCUUAUGAGGACUUACCUGUGGUGUUGCCCGAGAUAACCACCUUCACAGGAAAGGGAGCCUCACCUUUAGAAACAGCUCCAGAAUGGGUGAACUGUUCCUGCCCGAGGUGUAAGGCCGCAGCAAGGCGGGAAACCGACACGAUGGACACCUUUGUCGACUCCGCGUGGUACUACCUGAGGUACACAGACCCUCGCAACAGGGAGAGGCCCUUUAAUAGUGACAUAGCAGACUACUGGAUGCCUGUGGAUUUGUACAUCGGAGGAAAGGAGCAUGCAGUUAUGCACUUAUUCUAUGCAAGGUUUUUCAGCCAUUUUUGCCAUGAUCUAAAGAUGACAAAACACAAGGAGCCUUUCCAUAAGCUCUUGGUUCAAGGUCUUAUCAAGAAUCGGACAUUCAGACUAACAACAACAGGCCAGUGUUUGAAGAGAGAGGAGGUUGAUCUCACUGGAAAUGAACCUGUUCACCUAAAAACCGGUGAGAAGCUCCAAGCUGCAUGGGAAAAAAUGAGCAAAUCUAAGCACAAUGGAAUAGACCCUGAAGAAUGCAUAAGAGAAUAUGGUAUUGACACUCUACGUCUUUACAUUCUGUUUGCUGCUCCUCCAGAACAAGAUAUUUUGUGGGAUGCUAAAACUGAUGCUAUGCCAGGUGUUCAGAGAUGGCAGACGCGCCUCUGGAUGCUUGUAACCAAACUUAUUGAAGCAAGGACUUCUGGAACCAUGCCCAAACCUGAGCUUCUGAGUAAGAAAGAGAAGGCUGAAGCCAGAAAGAUCUGGGAGCAGAAGAAUCUGGUGAUUUCUGAGGUAACAGACUACUUCACAAAGGAUCAUUUGUUCAAUGCAGCUAUUUCCCGAUUGAUGAGCCUCACUAACAUACUCCAUCAAGCUUCUCGGCAGCUUGUUCUCCACAGCACAGAAUUUGAAGAGGCUUUGGCUUCACUCUGCAUUAUGGUUGCGCCUAUGGCUCCACACAUUGCGUCAGAGAUGUGGAAAGGUUUAGCACAUACGCAGAAUAAACUUUGUACUCAUCAUCAUUGGGAUGCUGAUGUGCUGUACCAGUCCUGGCCCAAAGUAGACCCAGAGUACCUUCAGCCGUCGGAUGUUGUGGAGAUGUCUGUUCUGAUCAAUAACAAAGCUUGCGGCAAAGUUUUUGUGCCUCAGCAAGCAGCCCGCAAUUCUGAAGAAGUCCAUGAGCUAGUUCUUCAGAGUGAACUUGGAGUCAAGCAUCUCCAGGGAAGAACCAUAAAAAAGGCCAUUCUGUCUCCCAGAACUGCCCUUAUCAACUUCUUAGUGCAAGAAUAGCAAAGGUUCUGCUGGGCUGUAAAAGGGAACCAGAAUCUUUUGAGAUGAAACCAAUUAAAAAAUACCAGUUAUGGUUAUUUAAAUCUUAUGUAAUGGUGGGGGAGAAAAGUUAUUAAAAUCAGGUUGCUGCCAAAUCUUCGUUUCAACAUGAAGCAAUGCUCAGAAUUAAAGUUUCUUGU